AUGGCGGUCGAGAAGAAGGGGAUGUCGCCGUACGAGGCGGAGCGGGAGAGGACGGUGCAGGAGAACAAGCGCAAGAUGGAGGCGCUCAACCUGCGCCAACUCUCCGCCGCCGUCGCCCCCAAGACCCCGUCCCCCAUGAAGCACAAGAGGCGCAGGAUAUUCCACGCGGCGGCGGUGGUGGCCCCCUCGCCUCCCAGGAGGUCCCGCCGGCUGGCCGACCUCCCCGAGAUCAAGUACGCGGACGCCUGCGCCGAGGUACCUACCCAUGGAGAGAGAGUGGGAAGGUGGUCUCCUAGGAAACGAUCUGGCAGCAUCUACUUGGCAAGACCUGGAACAACUUCCAUGAAAGCUAGGUUGGAGGCAGAGACAAAAGCUGAGGAGCUGGAAGCACAACUUGACCCUGAAUUCCCAUCCUUUGUGAAACGGAUGUUACAUUCACAUGUGGUGCGAGGGUUCUGGCUGGGUUUGCCUAGCCAUUUCUGUGACCUGUACAUGCCAAAGCAAGAUUGCACUAUCACUUUGGUGGAUGACAAAGAUGAAGAAUUUGGGACCAACUACCUAGCCUACAAGAAGGGGCUGAGUGGUGGCUGGGCUGGUUUUGCUUUGGAUCAUGUGAUUCAGGAUGGAGACGCGACGGUUUUUCAGCUCAUCAAGCCUACGACCUUCAAGGUGCAUAUCAUCCGGGCAACUGUUGAUGAUGACAACGAGGACGCGGAGUGA